AUGAUGCUUGGAUUUCGCAGAAACCCAUCGAGUCGCAGAAAGCACUCCAACUCCUCAUCAAUCCUGUCUACGAGACCAGACAGCAAGUCCAUCGACGACGUACCGACAGUGGCAGACACGAAAAUGUCCGUCUACGCAACCUCCAAUCAGGCUUCCUUGGCCCGGAACUCCAUCAAGGAGGAGUCCAGUGUCGUACAUAUUGACGAAGUUAACGUCAGCGACGCUUCAAGGUCGUCAUCUAUCAGCAUGGACGCAUUGACGAUGGUCGCCUCCAACGAAGGACACGUAUCAUACCGCGUCGUGCGUGUCAUUGACACAGCCAGACGUAUCCAGAAGAAACUUGUCCGCGAGGUCGAGGAAGUCACCCACAAUCACUUUCAGAGCAUCGAUCUCGACACUUACCUGGCCUACAUCUCCGAUGAGCGUCUCACUCACAUGCCUCCCAAGGGAAGCCAGUGGGAUCGCGUGCUGAAGUCGGCCGAGUUCUUCGGACUUCAGCUGGAUGAAUACUCGCGUCACAUCCAGUCCUUCAUCGAGGGCUGCUCGCUUGUUCGCGACACGGCGUUAGCUACUUGCUACCUGUUGCUUGAGCUCGGACACGAUCAAGCCCAGGCGCUGGAGCCAACCUUCAAUGCCUUGUAUGAGCUUGGCUUAUUGCUCGGUCACGCAAUCAGACUGAACGGCAUGUUCACCGCGAGUGAUGCAAUCCGCUCCGAGUUGAGUCGCAUCUUCGACAGUAUGCUCAAGCUCGUCGGAGACGUUGCCAUCUACUACCGCUCCCGGAUCAACAGCAUCUACAGCGGUUCGGUGACAAUUGACUUUGACGCUCAAUUCGGCUCCCAAAUCACUAGGAUUUGGACUCAGCGAGAGAACCUCUUCAACCACAUGUGGCAAUACAAGCUCGGCUCAAAGAACCGUCGACUAGACAUCACCACGCUUCGCCGUCACUUGCUUCCCACACGGGAGUCGGCCAAGUCACAUGUGUAUGGACGCGUCGCUGAUCGCAAGUUGCGUGUUGAUGGGACAUGCGAGUGGCUCUCACACGACUUGCACGACUUCCUCAGCAGCGACGACAAGAUCUUCACCGUCACGGGUGGAGAGGGUUGCGGCAAAAGUAUGCUUGCUGCGUGGGUGCGGGAGAGGCUGGAACGCCCAAUCAACCGUGUCCAGUAUGAGACCAUCUCCUACACAUUCUCAACCGACAUAGUCUCAGAAACAACACCCAUUACUUUCCUCAAGAGCCUUUUGGCCCAGCUCCUCGAGAUCAACGUCGGUGACGUCGCUCUCUUUGAGAAGCUGGAAGCCAUCUUCGAUCACGUCUCUCCUUACCACAACAGCUCAAAGCUGGAAGGUGACCUUUGGGAGGCCCUCGACUCGAGCCUGGCUUCGAUCAACAGCAAGAAAAUCAACCUCAGUAUUAUCAUUGACGGCCUUGACGAGGUCUCGGGUGGCGCUGCCAAAGCGGGAGAGCUGCACAAACGUCUCCACGCUAGCAUUGGAAAGCUGCCCAGGACCCAAGCAGUGACGUUCUCACGACCCAUCUCGCACCUUGGUGGCAGCGGCUGUAAGCAUGUGGUCGUCACCCCCGAUCACGUUCGGGACGACAUUGAGUUGUACCUCGCCAACAGACUCGGGCAAAACUGCUGUUUCGUGGCACAGAACGAACAAGCCAGACGAGACUUGCUGUGCCAGAUUGCAGAUCAGUCCAGGGGCUCGUUCUUGUUUGCCUACCUCGCCAAAAGACUCUUCUCGGCAGUUUCGGACUUUGGAGCUUUCAGAGGCAUCAUCGCGGGCUGCAGGUCAGAUGUCAAGGCCGUCAUCGGAGAGCUGAUGAAGAAGGUUAAUCUCAAGGAGGAACACGGUGAGAGCAAGACGUACAACCUCUUCACCUUCAUGGUCACCGCCCAACGCCCUCUUACACUUGGCGAGAUGACCGACCUCCUCGGGGUCUCCUUGUCGACUCGCACCGUUUCCCCUGGUGCUGAUGUCAUGGGACCUGUCCGCAAUACCCAAGGCCUUGUUGUGGUUCGCCGCGGUACCCUGCGCUUCAAGCACUCCACGAUCAGGAAGUAUGUCCAGAGCCUCUGCGGCUCGACCUUCAUGUCUCUUCACGACUCUCACCGUCACCUCACCAUGGCUCUUCUUCUCUUCGCCAAGACCAAGUUCAGUAGUUAUACUUGCGAGCCGUCCAUGGAGUUGGUCGCCGAGGAGACCUUCCAGGAGUGCUUCCAAGCGCACCACAUUGUCAGCUACAUGAUGCGCCACUGGGUCACGCAUUUCCGUUCAUCAUCCUUGUAUGGCCAAAAUGGCACCAUCACCUUGACUACAGAGUUCAAGAAUGUUUUCCCUGACUCCAUCUUUUUCACCAUGCUGGAGUGGCACUAUUGGCAGACUCAGUACGCCAUCAAGGAAGCGAUCGAGAUGCACAGCUUGAAUCUGCGAAUCCGGUCUACUUGCUUCGGCGAGAAGAACCGAUCCUACCUCCAAAGCCUCAUCAUCCUCGGAAGUCUCCACCGGAGUCAGUCUGAGCACGCCUUCGCAGCCGAGUUUUUCUACAAGGCUUCCCAUCUUGGGCAGGGCAUCCUCUACAAGUUCAGUCCCCUUGUGGUCUCGUGCACAAACUUGUUCCUCACUUGUACCGAGACUCUGACUUUCACUAAGCGGACUCAGACGGUCAUUCAUCGCGAGGAGAUGAUCAAGUUCAUGAUUGAGAUCUCCAAGAGCAAGCAAGGAGGUCGCAGCGAUGCCGUCAUUAGGUGGUAUGAUGCGCUCGCGAAGCUUUACGUCGACAUCAAAGAAGUGGAGGCUGCGUUGUCUGUCUACAGCGAACUCCGCAUCAUCAUCAUUGCCCGUUUUGGCAAGGGUUCGGAGAAGGAGGGUUCAAUUGCCGAAGAGAUCUCGCGUAUGCCCAUUGUUCUGCAGCCUGGCGACAAGAAGGUUCAUACUGGCCACUGGCACUCGCUCUUGUUCGAUACAGCGGACGACUUGUCGUUCACAGAUGUCCGUCGCAUCAAUAUUCUCAUCAGCCUGGCUCGUGAGUACGAGUCCAAGGGCCAUUUCAUUCAUGCCGAAAGGCUGUACGUCAGUCUCUGGCGGGGCAUCCUCGAGGUCUGCCGCACCACCAAGGUGACCACCGAGCUUCACAUCCAGAAGAUCAACAUCGCCAUCAAGUACAUCAAAUUCCUCGAAGGCGUCAAGCGAGCAGAGGAGGCCUGCAACAUUAUGAUCUGCGUUUGGGCUGAGUACGAAAACCAAUCCUUUGAAUCCGAGACCAUCAUGAUCCGCCUCAAAGAGCUUGGUGUUCUCGCCAAAUCUUUCGGCAUCCUAAGCGUAUCCAUGUCCAUUCUCAAGAAAGUCUGGGGCUGGUUCAAGGAGAGAAAGACUCUCGAGAGUGAGGAGGCUCAAUCCACAACCAUCAUCAUCACACAGGUCGUCGAGGAGAUCAUCGAGACCUAUGUCGAAAUCAAAAUGAACAUAACUGUCAUUGAGACCGUCACUAGGGAGAUCUGGGAAACCAACUACCAGCGUUGCCGAGGUCGCAAGGCCGACAGUCAAUUCUUCAAGUCCUGCUUGGCCAUGGUCAACUUCUACCUCAAGCUUGAGAAUUGGGCCGAAGCCGAGGUCGUGAUUCGCAAGUCUCUCGAAAUCACCUGGAAGGGCGUCCUGUCAGUCGACUCCAAGUUGACCAUCGAGGGUGAAUUCAUAUCGGAUCGGAUCCUUGUUGCACAGCGACUUGCUCUGUGCUACCAUCGCCAGAGACAAUUUGAGAAGGCGGAUUCGAUCUACCUCCGCAUCUACAGCGCCUGUUUCUCGACCCUCAAGGCCGACGACGUGUUAAUCUUCAAGGCGGCCGAGGCCCUCGUUCAAUUCUACGAAGACUUCCACCGUCAUGAGAAGGUCAUUGACAUUUACGUCAAGCUCCUCCAACACUACCGCAGACAUCUGUCUUCUGGCCACAAUCUGCAAGUCAGCAUCCUCUACAAGCUCGCUGCUGUCUACCAUAAGCUUGGCCGCAGGGAGGCUUACGACUGCUAUGGUGAGAUCGUCACCAUAUUCUCCAGGGACGGCUGCUGCCACGGUAGUACACUGGAUGCAGCCAUCCUCGUCCUCAACCACUUCCACGCCGAAAAGCGGUGGACUGAGUUGCAGAAGAUCUGUGUGACUCUCUGGACCACCUUUUUGCACCACAACCAUGAGAUCAAGUUCACCCAAGAGGUUGUGGAGCUCAUUUACGAACGGUAUCGCUAUGUCCUGGAGUUCCACGCCAAGGUCGAGUUCUCGGUCCGCUACAAGCUCACGAUUGAGUAUCGCGAGACUGCAACCAAGGUUUUUGGCGCCUCCGCUGCUAUCGUCAUCAAGGCUUUGAUCGCUCAGGCACAGUUGUGCGAGACAUCCGAGGAGCAUUACCACGAGUCCAUCACCAUCUAUGAGGAGAUCGUCAAAAAGACUAAGACCACGAACAUUGUCUCAGAGAUUACGGUCAGGACGAUCAAGAAGCGUCUGUCAACGCUUUACGUGACUGUCAUCACCAACAACAAGGUGACAACUACCACCACUAUUGAGCGUGCGAUUGAAGUCAGUCUUGAGAUCUACGCACAGCUCCAGAUCGAUUUUGGCUGGUGGCACGAGAAGACUCUGUCCAAGCUCAAGGAAGUCGUCUCGCUGUACAAGAAAAUUGGUAGCAAAGAGGCCCACUCCUCUAUUGCCCAGCUUCUGCAGGUUUCCAUAAUUGAGAUCAUCACUACUGUCACGAUCUCCGUGAACCUCCACGCAGCAGCUAAGACGCUGGCAUCCAUCUACGUGUCUGCCAGCAUGGUGCACUAUGGUCAGGAUCUUCUGCGACAGCUGCGAUACCUGCUUCUCUUCCCUGGGUUCGAAGGUGGAGAAAAGGACGUCAACAUCAAAAUCUCCGGCCAGUCCAGCAAGGUGUACCUAGUAUUCUUCAUUUCCUUCGAGCAGGCCCUCAACGUAGAUGCCAAGGUGCGGUAUAGCUUUUCUGAGCUGAUGGCAGAUGUACUCCUCGAGACGGUUCUUUACGAGCAGUACAUGUCCGUCAUGACCACCGUCACCGACUCCACGAAGAUCGAGACCAUCAUCGAGCCGGCAGCCCGACUUCGCUUCGUCUGGCAGUCCCGCGGUCGCACUGGUUUUGUGGACGUGCUUGACAAAAAGCUUUUCGCCUUGUUCACAUCGCGCUACUACAAGUCAAAAAGCUCUCAAGACGACAGAAAUGUCAGGUUUUCCUUCUACGUUGCGCUUCUCAACGAGAUUGGUGGAGGCAUCGCGGACAGGGGCUCCGUCGACUUCGGUGUCGUAUCCUGCAAAGCCGCGUACACUUCUGUCAGGAGACUCUUGGUCGAAGAAAAGGAUUUUGUCAAAGCUCAAAAGGUGGCCCAAUGUGCCUUUGAUUUUGCGCAAUCCCAACGAUUCUAUUACCAGCGCAACUGCUAUAUCUGGGGCUUCCGUUUGGCCGAGGUCCUGGCUGGCAUCCGUGUAGAUACGUGGAAGUCGGCUGAUCAGCAACAAAAGAACAAUCUGCUAUCCACAAGCCGAAAUGUUCUGCAGCAUGUCUUGGCCGUCCUGAAGGACGGCAAGGUUGAGUUUACUAGCCUACAAUUCGACGACAUCUCUGGCCUUGUUCGCCUGCUUGGUGAGCAGAAGAAUUGGGCAGAACUCGAGAGCCUUCUUACCUCGCUUUGGCGAUCCAGAGAGGUCCAGCGCAACUGCGGCGUAUGGUCUCCUGACAUCGUUCUGACAAUCGGUUCGCUCUUGAUCAACGCGCACGAGCUCGCGGGUCACCUGGACCAAGCCAUUACGCUCUGCGAAACCGUCUACUAUAACGUUCGUCAGUCCCGUGGCGGCUUGGAUUCUUCCGCGUUCUACUUCUCGAACCGCCUGGCCUACCUCCUGCGCCAUGCCAAUCGACUGCGCGAUGCCGGACGUGUGCAUCUGGACGUUGUGUGCGACCUGGACGAGCACCUCUCCGCAAGCCAAGGCGCAGACAAGGAUGAGCGUCUUCGUGCUGCGGCCGACAUGCAUCUCGAUGGUAUGCGACGAUGCGGCUGGGCUACGCGCGGUGACGUAAGAAACAUCAGUGAGAUCCUCGAGAGGCUGAGAGGAUACGGCAAGCUCAAUGUGCCGGUCAUCGAGAACUGGUCGGCAGCGGAUGUGAAGAAGGAGACGAGCCUCGUGUGGCCCGAGGCGAUUAAGUGGGAUCUCGGCAAGCCUGAGAGUGAGGUCCAGGCUCCGAAGAAGAGAGACUUGCUGUCCCCGGCCAAGGAAAGAUGGGGUCGUCUAGGAUUCAGGCGGCUCGGUUCCGAAGCCGUGCACUGA